CCGACCGUAAUUCACCGUGUAAGUGCGCUAUAUAAUUAGAGUGGUUAAAUGCCAGAGUGUGAAAAAAUGAAGAGAAAAAAAUGCGCUCAUGUGUCACACACACACAAAAAAUACAUAUCAGAGCCUAAUUUGGUAUUCUUAUGUGGAGCCACAAAACCCGCGGGAUGGGUAGAUAGAACUUUACCUACCUCUGGUGGACUUUAAAACGCACUACAGGACAACACCUUCGCGCGUUUAUAAACGUGUUACGGUAAGGCCCGUGAAACAGACGUGACGUCACCAAACCACGGGCCUAUUGGCCGCCAAGAUGAGUGGCCGCAGAUAACGGACCCCAGAAAUCUGUUGCCUCCGUCUAACUGACGCGUCGAUGGAUGACCAUGUGAAUGAUCAAAAUCGCCGGGUUUCGGUGUGACUUCAGCCACACCGGGAGACGAAACUGCCGGCCACUGAUGUAGAAAGACGCUGAAUCACGGCGAUGUCUCUGGCUCAGAGGGUUUUGCUGACCUGGGUCUUUACCCUGGUCUUCCUCAUCAUGUUAGUUCUGAAGUUGGACGAAAAGGUGCAGUGGAGCUGGUUUCUCAUCUUCCUCCCGGUCUGGGUAUUUGAUGGCAUCCUCAUCCUCAUGCUUGCCAUCAAGAUGGCGGGCCGCUGCAAGCCCGGCUACGACCCGCGCAACGGCUCCCCGGACCUGCGUCUGCGCGCCUGGUACCUGACGGCCAUGCUGCUCAAGCUGGGCUUCUUCCUGACGCUGUGCGCCAAGCUGGACAAGCUAGCGGACGUAAAGCUGACUUUUGUGUGCAUACCACUGUGGACCAUGCUACUGGGAGCGCUGGUGGAGCUGGGGAUGAAUAUCUUCCCUGAAAGGAGGGAGGCCUGAGGAGGACGAAUCAUCGAAGCAGGCGCGCCCGAUUUAUGUUUUCAGAAAGGACUGAGGCUCGGGAAGAGGGAAUCAAAUUGUUGCAGCCAUCAGUGUUCGUCUUUAGAACGAGAGACUUUGUGUAGGAAAAGAAAUAGAAAUAGAAGUGUGGUCGGACCUCGGUGGAGCCUGCUGUGAGGAGUUCAGCAUCGGAGAGAGUCUGCUGUCCAUUCGUUUUAAUGUGUUUAAAAUAGCAACAAAAAUAAAGGUAUACAAUGGCAGUAUUGUCUUUGUUAAAAGAAAAACAAUUGCCAAAGGGGGAUCAACUGUAUGACUACUGUCAAUCCAACACUGGACAAAAUAAUAAGAUCCUCUACUGUUGGCUUUUCUUUUUAGAUGUUUCAUAUUGUUUUCUAGUGUUUAUUUUCACUGCAUGUAAGCCAGCAAGCAUGCUUUGUUCCUCAACUGUGGACAUGAGCCUGGCAAGUACUAUUUCACAAGUUAUAAAUUAACUUGAUUGCGACCGCAGAAAGAAAUUGCUUCAUUUAAAAUUGUUUACGACAUAAAAGCAUCUUGGGACAACUGGAUUUUCCCACAGGCUGCCCUCCCUGCUCUGUACAAGGUGUCUUUUGUACUAUGAAUAUAAUCAUGUGCUACAUGAAAACUAACUUCGCUGUUGAUACAAGGUUACCAGGAAAGAUGUCUUGAAAAAGACCAUGUUCCUUUUGUAUAUUAAGUUUAAUUAUGGGUUUAAACGUGCAUCGGAAUCCUUUUACUUGCUGUUUCUAAUGUCAUCACUUUCAUAUUUAUGGUACGGCUGUCACCGCAAUGGUAAAAUUUGUUUUGUGCUAUUUGAUUAUAUGCUAGUAUUUAAAAUGCAUUCUUGGCAUUGUUUUUGCACUGUGUUGAAAGAAAAAGAUGAUUUGAGAUGAAAAGUGUUUGAUAAUUAAUGUACGUCUUGUAAAAAAUAAAUGGAUUCAGUAUGUUGAACAGUGGGAAGUU